CUGCGUGAGACUCUAUGUUGGCAUGUCUCUUUAAAGUCAGUGAGUGUUGUAGCUUGUAUUUUAUUGUGUGUAUGUUGUAACUGAGUGUGUAUCUGUCUGUCUGUCUGACUGUAUGGUGAUAAUGAAUUUGGAUUGAGUGUUGUUAUGGUGUGUGUGUGUGUGUGUGUGUGUGUGUGCAGUAUGACAGGUCCGGUGCAGGAUUCACACAGGCUGUCUGUGAAAACAUGGACAGAGGAGGAGAGUGACCGAGCUGACAGCACACUGAGCAGAGCGCAGUCGAUGUGCGAUGACACCUCUUCAGAGCUUCAGAGAAUGGCGGCCAUUGAUAGAAGAGAUAUUAAUUCCCAGAAUUCCUUGCGUGGGCGAGGUGCUCUGUCCAGGAUAGUAAGAAUGGUGGUGACUCUAAGAGAAUGGGCGCAGAAGAGUUUGGUUGAGGAGACAGAGCGACCGGAUUCCUUCCUGGAACGUUUCAGAGGUCCCACCAACACGGACAUACAAGCCCCGCCCAGCAGGUUCAGCCACAGCCACACUGGCUCUGAUACAGAACAUGAGAUCAGACGCUCCAGACGCAAGAGGAGGAAGUGUCACGUCGAGGUCUUAUCGCCAUCUGACGAUGCAUACUACUACUGGCUGAUGGUGAUUGGUGCUGCUGUAUUUUAUAACUGGACCCUACUUGUUGUCAGGGCCUGUUUUGAUGAGCUCCAGAUGAGGAAUGUGUUGGUGUGGCUGGUACUGGACUACAUCUGUGAUGGAGUCUAUAUCCUGGAUAUUGCUGUUCGUCUCCACACAGGUUUCUUGGAUCAAGGCUUGAUGGUGAAAGACGUGCGGCGUCUUAGAGAAACCUACGUGCGAAGAUUGCAGUGUAAAAUUGAUAUCUGCUCCAUCCUUCCAACGGACCUCCUGUACUUGACCAUUGGAGUCAGCUACACCCCUCUUCUUCGAUUCAACCGGCUGCUGCGCCUGCCACGUCUCUUUGAGUUGUUUGAACGUACAGAGACACGAACAGGCUAUCCCAACGCUUUCCGCAUCUGUAAGCUGGUUCUGUACAUCCUGGUGAUCAUCCACUGGAACGCCUGUGUGUACUACAGCUUCUCCAAAAUCCUCGGACUGGGCUCAGAUACUUGGGUUUACCCCAAUGCAUCAGAUCCUGAGUUUGGCUCCCUGACCAGAAGUUACAUAUACUGUCUGUACUGGUCCACACUGACACUGACCACCAUUGGAGAGACACCUCCUCCUGUUAGAGAUGAGGAAUAUCUGUUCCUCAUAUUUGACUUUCUGGUCGGUGUUCUGAUUUUUGCCUCCAUUGUGGGUAAUGUUGGAGCCAUGAUCUCCAAUAUGAAUGCCACGAGAGCAGCCUUUCAGAGUCGCGUAGACACCCUGAAACACUACAUGCAAUUCAGGCAUGUGAGUAAGGUGCUAGAGCAGCGCGUCAUCCGCUGGUUUGACUACCUCUGGACCAAUCAGAAGACUAUAGAUGAACAGGAAGUACUGAGGAGCCUGCCCAAUAAACUGAGAGCAGAGAUUGCUAUUAAUGUUCACCUGGACACACUUAAGAAGGUGCGUAUUUUCCAGGACUGUGAGGCAGGCCUCCUUGUAGAAUUGGUAUUAAAACUUCGGCCGCAGGUUUUCAGUCCUGGAGACUACAUCUGUAGAAAGGGAGAUGUGGGAAAGGAGAUGUACAUAAUUAAAGAUGGGCAGCUGGCAGUGGUGGGGGAGGAUGGAACCACCCAGUUUGCUGUUCUGACAUCAGGAAGCUGCUUCGGAGAAAUCAGCAUCCUGAACAUCAGCGGCAGCAAGAUGGGGAACAGACGAACAGCUAACAUUCGCAGUCUGGGAUACUCUGACCUGUUCUGCCUUUCCAAACAAGACCUGAUGGAGGCGCUCCAAGAGUUCCCCCAUGCCAGGGCCCAGCUGGAGCAGAGGGGACGGGACAUCCUGCGGAAGGAGGGGCUUCUAGAGGAAGUAAAUGUAUCGGCAGGGGAGGAGCUCGAGGAGAAGGUGGAGAGGCUGGAGACUAGUCUGGAUCGGCUCCAGACGUGUUUGGCUCGUCUGCAGAGUGAGUUCAACUCUUCCCAGCUUCGACUGAAACAGCGAAUCACAACCCUCGAACACAACAUCACCACAGUGGGAACAGGCAGCGGGUUCCUGUCAGACGCCGAUGGCAACGAGAGUGUUUCUGGGGGUGACGGUGUGCGCAGUGAAAUCAACAUCCGGCUCUGAAGGAUGUACUAUGGAGAAAGCACAUAGAAUUGAUAAGAUGACGAAAUAAUUUAAGUGUUUCUUUUAAUUAUUUGUAAAAAAAAAGAAAAAGAAAAAAAAAGAAGAAUUACACAAGAAAACACCAAAAACCUUUCAUUUUGUUUGAUGUUAUAUUUGACAUAAUUUCAUGUAAAAUGUGUUUGUAUUUCAUUUUGAAGCUUUCUUAAUGUCUUUUUGCUUCUUUACUUUUAAAAACUUUCUCACAGGUUUACGAAGUUUUUAAAGGAAAAUAAGAACAUAUUAGUGUGCACUGAAAUCAUUAUAAUACUAAUAAACUUUAUGAAUAUAGCUUUAUGUAAAUGCACACUAUAUAAAAUUGUACAGGAAAAAAAAACGUUAAACCAACAAAUAAAUUUAAUGGUUGCAGACACACAAUUUAGAAUUUUUUUUUUUUUUUUAAAGACACAUUGAACCUUUUACUAACACUUUAAUGUAACCAAUACACUGCUAUGGAAUAUUAUUAGGUACAACAAACAAAGAAAAAACAAAACAAAAACUAACUAACCUUUCCAGUUGACUUGUCCAAACAUGUAUUCAGUUAUGUCUUUUUCCACUAGGGGGCCUAAAAUCUCCAUAAAUACAACUGAAUACUUUCCUGCUAUAGCUGAAUAUGACACUUAGAUGCUUCAGAGCAUGAAUUAAACUCAUUCCCACACACUUGUCAUCCCUCAUAACUGCAUCAAGCUAUCACAUGGCAUAUAAAGUUUUUAAGUUUAAAGGAAUACUUCAACAUUUUAUGAAUGUCGAACUCCAUUAAUUUCAACCAUUUUCAGCAUUUUCUGUCACAGGUUUAUUGUUGUCUGUUGUUUAAAAUAAUAAUAUUAUAAUAAGUUUGAUAAAACUUGUAAAAUACGAACAAGUAAGUUUGAUAAAUCACAUUUUAUUCAGUAUAUUUCUAUUUUCAUUGCAGUAGUUACUGGGUGUGAACUGCCGCAACAAAUGCAAUCACCUUCAUGUUUAACUUUCUUCACCAUGUCUUUCUACCAAAAAUGAUUUGCGCUGGUUGGCUGAAAAAAUAUUAAAAGGGGUACAUCUUUUGAAAAAAAAAAGUUUGAGAACCACUGGCCUAUUCAUUCGAUUUGUAAGUUCUCUCAAACUCUCCCUUUUGAAAAUAAAAAUUUGUAAAAAGGACACUUUUGGCGACUACUGACUACUGAUAACUGAUAACUGUUCGCCUUACAACCUUACUGAAUGCACAUAAAAGUGAUGAAACAACAUAAGCAAUUUAAUUUUACACUCUGUUUUUACUACUUUGCUACCCCAACUCUGACCACUUAUUUUUAGCAUGAUAAAUGACACUUUGGACACAGUUACUUCAUAACCAUGAAAGGCUGCGUGUGUGUGUGUAUGUAUGUUAUUAACCAUGUUGUACCGCUCUAAUGUGGCCACUGCAUGCUCUGCAGCCAUGACAGUAAAUGACUUGGGACCAAAGUCCAACAGCACAUGACUGCAAGAUUUCAGGAAGUGACUUUUAAGGAACCUGUGGAAAGAGUGAGAAAUCACUGAGUUAAAGGUGCGUGUUUCAGACAUGGAGAUGAACUUUGUGUUGCUGUGCGUGAUGCUAAUAGCCAGUGUGACACAUGCGUCUGCUGCAGCUCAGCCAGGUAUCAUAGAGAGCCUCCUAAUGGCCACCCACCAGCGUCCCUGGCUCUGGGGUGUCUAUGUCUUCACUGUUGGACUUCCCAUCAUUCUCUUCAUUAGCUUCAUGUGGCCUGACGUGAGGUUUGGGCCCCCUGAUCAACAGUAUUACUACAAGAAGUCUGAUGAUGCUCAGCCAGAUGACCCUGAGUUCUCACAGCGGACAGAGGCAGUGGAUAUAAAAGGAAAGGCUGACAGAGCUGCAACAAGGAGGAGAGACACUCAUGGUAAACAGAUGAAAUCUGACUUAGACCUGAAGGAUCGUUGAUCAGUGCAACGACCUCAGGAGUGGAAAGCACCACUACAGUCAAGAAGACGCUGAGCAAUCACAUCUUUGGCCAGUCUAACUGAUGACUGGAUGAAACUACACAGUGUGAACACAGCGUCUGAGGACUGACAAAUAGGCAAAUCUUUUAUUUCCAAGUAUUAUCAUAUGUUUAUAAGUAUUUCUCAAUGUUCCCAUUGAUUGUAUUAUUCUUAGUGCACAAACACUGCCAAACAAAAUACAAAAUAUGUUCUACCUCUGCCUCUAAGAGUAUUACAUUUGCAGUUGGAAUAAAGGAUUUGAACUCCC